AUGUUCAGGUGGGAGUCACUAUUGUGAUACUAGCCUUCCCUGGCUGUGUUGCCUACACCAGGUGUUGUGUGUGUUCUACCAGUCCCUGCUGGGUGUCUACUAGCCUCUGGCGGACGUUUACCAGCCCCUGGUUGACGCCUACCAGUCCCUGGCGGACGUUUACCAGCCCCUGGUGAACGCCUACCAGUCCCUGGCGGACGUUUACCAGCCCCUGGUGAACGCCUAGCAGUCCCUGGUUGACGCCUAGCAGUCCCUGGUGGAUGUUUACCAGCCCCUGGCACACGCAUACCAGCCCCUGGCGGACGCUUAUCAGCCCCUGGUGGACACCUACUAGCCCCUGGUGGACGUCUACCAGUCCCUGGCGGACGACAAACAACGCUACACCAAGUAAGAGAAGAACAGCAGGAAAGGUCAGCACUCCUCCUCGUCCCACUCUGUGAAACGUGUUGGCAUUCCCGUGCCUAGUGUUGGAGUGUAUGGAGGUGCAGGAGGAAUUACCAGUGCCAGACCCACUGACAAUCAGAGUGCAGCCGGCCAGCAAGUUCCAAGGACCCCCAGAUGCAUAUCAAAAUUUAUCUAGACCCCGGGGUGCUGUCUUCAUCGCAAACUUUAGAAACUUUCAUGAAGAGAAAUUGAAGACUCGUGAGGGGUCUGAAGUUGAUGUACAACAUUACCACGAGUUGUUCAGACAAAUGGGCUACGAAAGGAUUGGGGACCUCAACAAUGCCUCCAAGGCUGAAACAAUGGCAGCUUUAAGGAGUUUCAGAGAGAAUGAAAUACAUAAUGGAGUAGACUCCCUCGUUGUUAUCUUCAUGAGCCACGGAGAGGGAGAAGAGACCUUGCACACCGCAGACGGACAGCUUAUCAGGUGUGAGGAAAUCUACAACAUGUUUAGCAAUACCAACUGUAAAGCCUUAUCUGGGAAGCCUAAAAUCUUUAUAUUUCAGUUUUGCAGAGGAAAUGAUGAGCAUUUAGUAGUCUGUAAUGUGGAAGAGGACACUCGUAUUCCGGAUAGCUCGCCAGGUGCAUUGCAACCACUGAAAAGAAAAAUGAGAAGUGAGAAAAAAAUGUCUGAUAUAUUUAUUUGCUUCUCAACACUGCCAGGUUUCGUGACAUACAGGCAUAAGGAACGUGGUUCGCCUUACACUGAUUGUGUAUGUCGAAUCUUCAUGGAUCAUGCCAAGGACGAUGCUCUUAACGCACUCAUGAGAAGAGUAAAUAGGCAACAUCCAAAGGCAAUAACUGGAGAGGUGAGGGAAUUGGGAGUCACUCAAUAUUUCUUUUUCAACCCAGAAAACAUCCAAGACAGACAUAGUAAAAGUGUUUCAUCUGCAUUGCCGUCAGAGGAUCCUCCUUGUGUUAAGAAAAACGAGGACACUUACGCCAAUUUUAGCACUUAUCAAGGACUCGUUCUAAUUGUCAAUAAUCUUCCAGGAUGCCAAGACGAUGUCAUAAAGAUUUGUCAUCUUUUCAGCACUCUCGGCUACACAGUGCUCCAACCACUCUCAAAUUUGACACAUGCAGAUCUGAUGAAAGAAUUUGAAGACUUUAAACAGAAGGAUCAUGGAGAUUCGGCAAUAGUUAUAUUUUACGGGGAUGGUUUCGAGGACUGUCUUGUUUCAACAGAUGGAAAAGUAUUAACGUUUCAGAUGCUCACGAAGACAUUUAGCAAUGUUAACUGCCCCAAACUGGCUACGAAACCUAAAGUUUUUAUUCUUAACACUUGCUUUUACGAUGGAGAGAUGCCUGAUGAGGAAGUUGUAAAGGACCCGGAUAACGAGCAGGACGGAGAUUUCCCCCAUGAAGAAAAAACUCCAAACUGUAAUGCUGCAGAGUUAGGAACUCCCACCCAACCAACAAAGAGUAAUGUAGAGAGCAAAUGGAGUUUAGAUGCUGGUAAGGUAGAGAUAAGGGCAACUUGUGGCGAGGAAAUGCCGGAUGAGAGCGACAUGUUACUGUUCAGUGUCGAGGUAGAUGGAGGCCGCUGCGACAGAGGAUCGCUACUGACCGAAGCCUUGUACCAGAUCCUCACGUCAGACGACAGCUCCAAGGAAUUAUCUACACUCCUCCUCCUAGUGACUCGCAGACUAAAACUGUUGCAGGGCAACAAUAGAGAGAACUAUUUUCCUGAGACGAGGAACAUCAGGUUUCAACGAAACUUCUACUUUAUUCCUUCCAAACCAAACACUCAACCAACUCCUGGAACACCUGAUGUUUCUGUUUACGACAAGGUUUCCAAAAUUCACAGAAGUUCAUCAUGCCCUUUCCCCAAAAAUACAAUAAAAUAGGUAAAAAU